AUGGAGAUGUCGCAGUCCGAUCCGGUUACGGAAUGGAGCUCAUCUGGUGGCCAAAUAGGGCUCGAAGAGCCCAUGUGGCAGUUAGGGUUAGGAGGUGGGUCGGAAUCGUAUCCUGAACGGCCAGAUGAGGCUGAUUGCAUCUAUUAUUUGAGGACGGGGUUUUGUGGGUAUGGUUCUCGUUGUCGGUUCAACCAUCCUCGUGACCGUGGUUCGGUUGUUGGAGCUCUGAGGGCCGGAGGAGGGGAGUACCCGGAGCGAAUUGGGCAGCCUGUAUGUCAGUACUAUAUGCGAAUGGGAAUGUGCAAAUUCGGUGCUUCCUGCAAAUAUCAUCAUCCUAGACACGGGGUUGGAUCAUCAAGCACAGUGGCACUAAAUGUGUCCGGAUAUCCACUUCGCCCGAGUGAAAAAGAGUGUUCAUACUAUGUGAAAACAGGGCAAUGUAAGUUUGGCAUCACCUGUAAAUUUCACCAUCCCCAGCUUGCUGGCAUGAUGCCAUCACCACCACCACCACUCUCGCCUGGACCUUUGUCGGCCAUGCCUUCUGCUAUGUACCCAAAUGUGCAAUCUCCUACCGUUGCAUCUUCUCAACAGUAUGGGUUUUUGGCCGGAAACUGGCCAGUUGGAAGGCCGCCUCUCCUUCCAGGCUCAUAUCUCCCAGGGACUUAUGGUCCAAUGCUGGUUCCCCCUGGAAUGCUUCCAUUUCCUGGUUGGAAUCCUUACCAGGGGCCUGUGCAUCCGGCAGCGUCUCCUAAUAGCCAACCUAUUGUUGGAGUGGGCCCUGGUUAUGCAGUGAAUCAAUUAUCUCCGUCAUAUCCUUUGAGCAAAAGUCAAAACUUUCCUGAGAGGCCUGGUGAACCUGAAUGUCAGUUUUACAUGAAGACAGGAGAUUGUAAAUUUGGUUCCUCGUGUAAAUAUCAUCAUCCACCAGAAUGGAGUGUAUCAAAGACAAAUUUUGUCCUUAGCCCCAUGGGCCUUCCUCUACGUCCAGGUGCACCUCUUUGUUCACAUUAUGCUCAAAAUGGGGUCUGUAAGUUUGGGCCAUCGUGCAAAUUCGAUCACCCAAUGGGAACAUUAAGUUACAGUCCGUCUGCAUCUUCACUUGCUGAUAUGCCAGUCGCACCCUAUCCAGUCGGCUCAUAUAUCGGGACCUUAGCUCCAUCAUCUUCUUCAUCGGAGCUGAGGCCAGAGGUGACUUCUGGUUCGACCACCAUGGAUGAUGGCAUCUCCACCAGUAUGCCCAGUGGAUCAAAAAGCAUGCAACUUUCUCAGUCAACUGGUAGCAGUAGUACCACCCAUAACACUUGAUUGAUCGGUCUUGUUUACGUUUUGUUGUUGUGAUUAGGACCAACCCGAGUUCGUUUUUAGUCACUUGAUGGUUCAAUGAUCAUAUCAAUCUUUUAUUAUAUAUGGCUAUCAUAUAUUUAUAUGCAUAUUUGAAUAAAAGCCAUAUUUAAACAUCCAUCUAGGAAAAACCACAAUUAGCUAGAAGAAAAAACCUCCCCAGAUCUGGAAAUUGUUCGAUCGUGUGUUGUAAAACUUUUUCGGAAUGAAAAAGAUUCCAUCGUCUUUCUA